AUGGAUUUGAAUCAGUCAAUUCAGGAUUUCCGAUUUUCCUCAUCCCCAUCUCCACAACUGCAAAAUUCCAUGCCUAUGGCGUCUUUCAUGUUGCCUAAUCACCAGCAAACAAGCAAACUGAUUCCUGGCUUGUGCAUGUACGUACAGAGGAAUAUUUUAGAGUUAUUUUGGAAUCAACAGUUGGUCGAGAUUUAUAAUACUUCAGUGAUUAAGAGCCACCAUCAACUACCUCUCGCAAGGAUCAAAAGGAUAAUGAAAUCCGAUGGAAAAGCUAAGAUGAUCAGCGCAGACACUCCUGCUGUUUUCUCCAAAGCUUGUGAGCUUUUCAUUCUGGAGCUCACACUUCGCGCAUGGCUGCAAACUGAAGAAUGUAGGAGGCGAACACUGCAGCGUUCUGACAUUGCUAUGGCCGUCAGGCACGACGACCUUCUUGAUUUCUUGGUUGAUGUCGUUCCGUUGGAUCAUCACCGUAUCUAUAAGGAAAAGGGAACUGGAAAAAAUUUAGAACAAACUCAAUCUGGCCCUACUGAUCAAUCACUGCAUCAUCCUAUGAUGAUUAACAUGGGCGAAUUGGUCGGAGCGAACUCAGAAGUGCCGGGGCCGUACAUGAUUAACCCAUCAAUGUCCGGUGCUGAACUGGAGUAUGAUUGUCCUUCCAAGUUCUAAAGCGAAUUAAUUAAGCAAAAUGUUGCACCUGGUGGAAGAGAAUUAUUCGAAGGUCAUUGGAUAAAGGAAAGUGGCAUAACAGCUGGUAGCCGCCGGUCGUCAUGACUACCUUAUAAUAAAUUAAAAACUAUAUAAUAUAUCAAUGUGUCAUGCGUGUGCCUUAAUUAAAUUAUUAUGGAUGAUAAUAUAUAUAAGAACUUGUGACAACUGUUAUCGAGUAGUUUGCAAAGUAGUUCUUUUGUGUUAA